AUGAAGGCUUUAGCCCUAGCUGUUGUCAGUUUACUGGCAAUCUAUUCUGUUAAUUGUGAAGUGUUUUUCGAGGAGAAAUUCCCUGAUGAUUCGUGGGAAUCUAAUUGGGUUUACAGCGAGCAUCCCGGCAAGGAGUUCGGCAAGUUUAAGUUGACCGCUGGUAAAUUCUUCAACGACCCCGAGGAAGAUAAAGGUCUCCAGACCUCUGAAGAUGCAAGGUUCUACGCCCUCUCGCGUAAGUUCAAGCCCUUCAGUAACGAAGGCAAGCCCCUGGUUGUGCAGUUCUCAGUUAAGCACGAGCAAGACAUUGAUUGUGGUGGCGGUUACCUGAAGGUGUUCGACUGCAAGUUGGACCAAAAGGAUAUGCACGGGGAGAGUCCUUAUGAAAUCAUGUUUGGCCCAGACAUCUGCGGACCCGGUACCAAAAAGGUGCAUGUGAUCUUCAGCUACAAGGGCAAGAACCAUCUGAUCAAGAAGGACAUUCGCUGCAAGGACGAUGUAUACACCCACCUGUACACACUGAUUGUGAAGCCGGACAACACCUAUGAGGUGCUCAUCGACAAUGAGAAGGUCGAAUCGGGCGAGCUUGAGGCCGACUGGGACUUCCUGCCGCCCAGAAAGAUCAAGGACCCCGAGGCCAAGAAACCGGAAGACUGGGACGACAGGGCCACCAUCCCCGACCCGGAUGACAAGAAGCCCGAAGACUGGGACAAGCCCGAGCACAUCCCGGACCCAGACGCUAGCAAGCCCGACGAUUGGGACGACGAGAUGGACGGCGAGUGGGAGCCACCGAUGAUAGACAACCCCGACUACAAGGGAGUCUGGGCACCCAAACAGAUCGACAACCCUGCGUACAAAGGGCCCUGGGUGCACCCGGAGAUCGACAACCCUGAAUACACGCCGGACGCCAGCCUUUACAAGAGGAACGAGCUCUGUGCCGUCGGUCUGGACCUGUGGCAGGUGAAGUCGGGCACGAUCUUCGACAACUUCCUCAUCACCGACGACGUGGAGGCGGCUAAAGAGCGCGGCGAGGCGUUGAAGAAGACUCUGGAGGGCGAGAAGAAGAUGAAGAACGAGCAGGACGAGGCCGAGAGGGAGAAGGAGAAGGCAGAGAAGCCCGACGAUGAAGAAGAUGAUGAAGAUCUGGACGAUGAGGCUGGCGACGCCGCGCCGGUUGAGGACCACGAUGAGCUG